AUGGUAUCCUUUGAUGUAGCGUCUCUCCUCACCUCCGUUCCACAGCAACUACUGAUAGACUUUAUGAACCAACUACUGGCACAGCGCUAUGAGGAGAGGGACAAAGCCCUAAAGUCCGAACAUCUGCUCGAGUUUCUGCGACACUGCCUCAAGACCUAUUUCACCUUCGGUGGACAAAUGUACGAACAAAUAGAAGACACUCCUCUGGGCUCCUCUCUUCCAGGCCUAGCCGUUGAAGUAGUUCUUCAACGGAUAGAACUCUUAGUGUUCCCCAAGUAUCAACCAGAGCUCUGGGCUCAUUAUGUCGAUGACAUCGAGCACCCAAAGGAAACACUAAACUCGGUGGACCCGGAUACCCACUUUGCGAUGGAAACAGAAGCAAACAAUCAACUGCCCUUCCUUGACAUGCUUGUGCGCCGGUGUACAACUGGACAACUGCAAAUCCCAGUAUUCCUAAAAUCCACCGACACGGAACGAUCCUACACUUCAACAACAAUCAUCCUCUGUCUCGAACGUGCCUGUGUCUGCACUCUAUUCCAAAGGGUCGAAAAACACUGCAGCAGGGCAGAAGAUAAAAGAGCCGAACGCAACAUCCACCACAUGCAUCCAACUGCCACCGUGCUGACUCCUGCCGCACUUGUGAUUCGAGUCUAA